AUGGCUGUAAGGACUCAGAUCACCAAUCAUUCCAUUGUGAAAGAGUUUCUUCUGAUGACAUUUUCAGAUGACCGUGACAUGCAAAUUUUGCACUUUGUGAUUUUCCUUUCCACUUAUUUCUUAGCUGUAACAGGGAACUGUCUCAUUGUCAUAGCCGUGGCCUUGAACCAUCACCUCCACACACCCAUGUAUUUCUUUUUGGUGAACUUGUCAGUGAUCGAUACCUGUGUGAUUUCGACCACUGUCCCCAAAUCCAUGGCCAUUUCCUUGACAAACAACAACCAUAUUUCUUUCUCUGGAUGUGUCACACAGAUCUUCUUUGUUGUCAUGUGUGUCACUGCUGAGCUUGCCAUCCUCACUGUUAUGGCUUAUGACCGCUACGUAGCCAUCUGCCGUCCUCUGCAGUACAGAUUAAUCAUGAAUUGGGAUGCCUGUGCUCAGAUGGCAGCUGCUACCUGGAUAAGCAGUGUGAUGCAUGCAGUGUUAGAAACUGGUGUCACAUUUAGUUUAAGCUUCUGUCGAUCCAAUCUUAUUGAGCAAUUUUUCUGUGACAUCCCUCAGCUACAAAAGAUCUCUUGCACUGAUACAAAAGUUAAUGAACGACUGAUUCUCAUUCUUGGGCUUAUUGUGGACUCUUUUAUGUUUUUAUUCAUCUUUAUUUCCUAUGGCUACAUCUUCUCUACGGUACUGAAGAUUCCAUCCAUUCAAGGCAGAUACAAAGCCUUCUCCACCUGCACUCCCCACUUGGUUGUCUUUUCUUUAUUUAUUAUCACCGGUGUCUUUUCCUACAUGAGGCCCAAAGCACUUUCCUCUCCAACUCUGGAUUUGAUCUCUGCUGUUGUGUAUGCUGUUUUACCACCAGUCCUAAAUCCAAUCAUUUAUAGCCUCAGGAACAAGGAUAUCAAAGAGGGGAUUAGUUGGCAAGAGCAGUGUGGGAUGGGGAGAAAAGCAAAAAGAACCUUGAUGAGCAUUCUAGGGAAUUCAAGGAUGAAGAAAGCUUUGCUGAAUCUAAUGGUUGACUCGUUUGAGGAAAUUGAUGAGGAAAAGAAUAAUAAAAAUGGGUGCACAAAAUGUGCAGAUGUCCCCAUGAAAGAACAGUGGCAACCAUUUUGUUCAUAUGGCUUUAUGAAGGCCCCUUGCAGUGAUAUCCUCAGCAGAGCUGCAGUGAUGGAUUUAGAAGACUGUAACUCUGUUGAGGAUUACACUACACAAUACUAA